CUUUAGCACAACAGCUGCAGCUGCUGCAGCAGCAGCUUCGCGCGCAAUGGACGGACAGCAAAUCCACGACAGCGUUAAGGACUACUAUGGCAAGAAGCUUCAGACCUCCGAGGAUCUGCAGACUGAUGUGGCGUGCACCCUGCCUGCCAAGAAACCCAGCAAGAUGAUACAGGACGCGAUGGCUCUCAUACACCCCGCCAUCAUGAGCAGGUACUUUGGCUGUGGCCUGGUGGUGCCCGAGUGUCUGGAUGGCUGCUCCGUGCUGGACCUGGGCAGUGGCUCUGGCCGUGACUGCUUCCUGCUCGGCAAGCUCGUCGGAGCCCAGGGCAGUGUCACCGGCAUCGACAUGACGACGGAAAUGAUUGAGACGGGGAACGUGCACGUGGAAUACCAUCGCGAGCGGUUUGGCUACUCCAAGUCCAACGUGAAUUUCGUCUCCGGUUACCUGGAGGAGCUGGGAGAGGCUGGGCUUGGAGAAAACACCUUUGACAUUAUCGUCUCCAACUGCGUCAUUUGCUUGUGUCCAGAUAAGAAGCUGGUUCUCAAGGAAGCACACAAAGUUCUUAAGACGGGUGGCGAGAUGUACUACAGCGAUAUGUACGCCAGUGCUGUCGUGCCCAGCGAUAUAAAGUCAGACCCGUGCCUCUGGGGGGAAGGGAUGGGUGGAGCCAUGUUCUGGAAGGAUCUGAUCGGUGUCGCUCGGGCCCUGGGGUUCAGCCGCCCCUACCUGGUGACGGCGAGCCACAUCACCAUCACCAACGCCGACACCUGCAAGAAACUGGGUCCCCUGCGCUACGCCUCGGGCACGUACCGAAUGUUCAAGCUGCCAUCGGAGGGGACCCUGCCUGCACCUGGAGCCCGAGUCACGUACCUGGGUUCGGCCCCAGACUGUGGCGACACGCUGGCGUUCGACCACCAGCACACCUUCCAGCGCGGAGAGCCCGUGGCGGUGGACGCGGAGUUGGCGACCGUCAUCCGCACCUCGCGCCUCGCCCCGCACUUCACCGUGGAGCUCGGUGAGGGCGCAGAGUCCUGCACAGGAACUGCGGAUGACUCCCGCAUGGACCCCUUCUCUCUGGCUGCCCAGCUUGGGUCCUGUGUGAGCAAAUGCAAACCCAAGAGCAACUGAACAAAUCGGUUCAAGUCGAAGUUGUUCGAGUGCUGUCGCGUAAUAUUGCUCGAUGACAAAACCAGACUUGUGAUGAAAGUUUAGUGAGGGGCCUAUGAUAACAAAGUCAAGUUAAAUUUGUUUAGCCAGGUGGGAACUUAAACUAAACUAAUAUUUGUAUUCUUAGGUUUUUUCAGGUAAAGUCACGUAGGUAAAACAUUAAAAUUAAAAGGCUCAGCCUCUUAAGCCUCACCUUACCAUAUUAAUAAAAAGUGUGCCGUACUUGGCCCUUCCCCCCCCUCUCCAACCAUUAUAUAUACGGAGUGGUAGCUCUUGUAAUCUCUCAUUUACUUGAUACAGCUGUCGUGGCUGUGACGGUUCCACCUGAAGACGGAAGCUUGUGUUGCCUCCGAAACGUCGUGAUUUUUAUUUUAUUUUACUUUUAUUAAUUUUAAUGUUUUACCUACGUGACUUUACCGAAAAAAACCUAAGAAUAUGAAUCCUUGCAGUCACGAAAGCUUCAAAUCUAGAAUUAAUAUUUGUAUUUCACCAGAAAAGGCCCACUGAGCUAUGUAGCUCUUUUUCAGAAGCGACCUGGCCACAAAUGAUAGCUCAACGAAGUGGCUUAUUAAUGGGGAGAUUUAUAGCAGCCAAAUACUCUAAACGCCGUAAUGUUGAUUCUAAAUGUGGAGGGAAAAACCGGAGGACCCGGAGAAAAAUCCACGCGACCACGGGGAGAACACGCAAACUCCAAAUAUACAACAGGCGUCAGUCGGGAUCGAUCCCACAAGCCUCCUGUAUACGAGGCGAAAUAGUUAACAUCUCGCCACCGUGGCACCCUAAGAGACCCGAAUACAUCUCAUUUGCAAAAGUGAUUCUGGGUCACACCAAAAACAACUGUUAUCAUAUGAGAAAUUAAGAAUAUUGCACAAACAUAAUUCCCUGUAGUGCAAAUGGGCUCGGGCAGAUAACAGCUGUUACAGAGGACACAUGAUACCUGCCGGCUGUUGUCACGGGGGAUGAAAAGCCGCACAUGGCUGGUUAAAUUCGGACUGAGGACCUCGGUCUUGCUAGCUUAGUUUUUCCAGCAUUGUAUUGAUUCCCUGCGCCAGUAAAUAUGAAACGCUGGUCCAACGGUGGCAACCACGUGCUAAUGUUGAUUCAACGUUGCAUGUCUUGUUGGGGGGGUAGAGGGAGCCACUUAAGUGACCCUACUAAUCUGUCUAAUACAAUAAUCACCACAAUAACUUAUUCGGUUAUUAAUGACAGCCUUGAUUGCUUUGGUUAAUAUCUUACGUUUUUUCAGUUACAUAAUGCAGUUGUGAUGAUUUUAAUAUUUCAUCUUCUUGGUUCUUUCGGUAAAGUCACGUAGAAUGGAAAUAAUAAAAUAAUAAAAAUGAAACAUAAUAAAAUUAUUCUCACGACGUUUCGGCCACAACGCAAGCAGCCGUCCUCAGCUGU